AUGGCAGCAGAAACAGGCAAAUACAGGGGUGCUGUUAGCAAAAACAAAGACCCCUCUGGGCUUCUUAUCUCCGUCAUAAGGACUUUGUCCAACAGCGAUGACGUGCAGGACAGGGAGACAGAAAAGGGUCGCCUGGAGGAAGCCUUUGAAACCUGCGAUAGGGAUCUAGAUACACUGAUUGUUCAGCAUUAUGCAGAACUCACUACUGCCAUCGGGACCUAUCAGAGCAUCACAGAGCGAAUCACCAGCUCCCGCAAUAAGAUUAAACAGGUAAAGGAGAACCUGCUGUCUUGCAAAAUGCUUCUCCACUGUAAGAGGGACGAGCUGAGGAAGCUUUGGAUAGAAGGUAUCGAACACAAGCAUGUCCUCCAGCUGCUGGACGAAAUUGAAAGCAUCAAACAGGUUCCUCAACGCCUGGAGACCUAUAUGGCAAGCAAGCACUACCUUCAUGCCACUGAUAUGUUGGUGACAGCCGUGGAGUCCCUGGAAGGCCCCUUAUUUCAGGUUGAGGGGCUUGGAGAUCUCCGCCUGGAGCUCAAAAACAAGAAGCUUAACAUCCACUUAGUGCUCAUUGAUGAGCUGCACCGGCACCUCUACAUCAAGUCCACAAGUCGCCUCGGACACAAGAACAAGGACAAAAACGCUCCCCGAGUUCCAGGGUCCUUGACCAAAGAUACAUCUCCCAUGUCUGUUUUGGAAGUGAGCAGCCUGUCGACUCCACGCAAGCUUCUGGAUUCUUCACAGUUCAGCACACCUGGAUCCGGCAGUGUGCGUGAGCAGCAGCAGGAUAUUUGGGAUCUGAGUCAAGCAGAUCUUUCUGAGGUGGAUCCAGAGGAAAACAGCGCUGAGUUCAUGGGCAUUCUCAUCAAGGCUCUUGCCAAACUAAAGAAGCUUCCCGAAACCACUAAAGCCAUAAUGGAGCGACUGGAGCCCGAACUGAAACAGAUCGUCAAGAGAUCCACCACUCAGAUAGCAGAUCACGCUUACCAGAGAGGAGAAAACCUGGCCCAGGAGAGCCAGCCAAGGCUGCUGUUGGAUCUGCUGGAGCUUUUGUUUGACAAGUUCAAGGCGGUUGCCCAGGCUCACAGUGUGGUGCUGGCCCACAUGCAGCAGAUCGCUGCACAAACUCCGGCUGUGACCCAUGAGGAGGAGAUCAAGCUCUACGAGCAGGCUGAUGUUUCUGCCAAAAUCCAGGCUGUGCUGCAGGUUCUGUUGAUGGAGUAUCUGGAUGUGAAGAACAGCCGCAGUUCCACUGAGCAGACUGCUCAGCUCUCCUAUGCGAGCACUGGCAGUGAGUUUGCCGCCUUCUUUGCGAAGAAAAAACCCCAGCGUGCCAAACAGUCGCUGUUCAAGUUUGAAUCAUCGUCCCAUGCAAUCAGCAUGAGUGCCUACCUGAGGGAACAAAGAAGGGAACUUUACAGCAAAAGCGGAGAAUUACAAGGUGGUGCUGAUGACAACCUGAUUGAAGGUGGAGAAAUGAAGUUUGUGUGCAAGCCAGGAGCGAGGAACAUCACCGUGAUCUUCCAGCCUCUUCUAAGAUUCAUUCAGGAGAUAGAGAUGAACAUGGGACCUAGCCAAGCCAAACAGUGCCAGCUCCGGGCCUUCCUCACCUACUACAUCAAUGACCUCUUCCUUAACCAGGUGCGGGCAGAAAUCAACAAGGAAAUCGAAGCAGUAAGUAAGGCUGCUGACCCCUUGAAAAUCCUCGCUACUGCCGAUACGAUGAAGGUCCUUGGCGUCCAGAGACCUCUGCUUCAGAGCACUGUGGUUGUGGAGAAGUCCAUCCAGGACCUCAUGAGCCUGAUGCAGGAUUUAAGUGCCUACUCCAACCAGUUCCUGGAGAUGGUCUGUGACAAACUCAAAGAAUACAAGGAAAUCUGCAACACAGCCUAUAGGGGUAUAGUCCAGUGUGAGGAAAAACUGACGAUCAGCGCCUCCUGGGCUAAAGAUGAGGACAUCACUCGUCUCCUUCAGUCCCUUCCAAACUGGGCAAACAUGGCGCUACCCAGACAGACAAGACAGAAAAGGGAAGAUGAAGAGGACUUUACACGCGCUGCUUUCGCUAAGGAGUCGGAGGUGCUGACGGGGAACCUGGGAGAUAAAUUAAUCCCUCAGAACGAGAUCCUGCGUGACGUCAGCGACCUCAAGGCUCUGGCCAACCUUCAUGAGAGCAUGGAGUGGCUCGCUGGUCGCCUUAAGGCGUUCUUCACCAACCUGCCUCAGGUUUCCAGUGCCUCUCCAUCCCCAGCAGACAGCCAGGUGCUUGGUGACGGCGAACGCAGCCGGGAGCAGAUUCUACUCACUCUGAGCGAUUUGUCUCGGGGGUUCCAAGAUAUUGCUGACCGUUGUCUCUUGGUUUUACAUCUGGAAGUCAGGGUGCAUUGUUUCCAUUACCUGAUACCCCUCACCAAGCAGGGAAACUAUGCCAUCGUAGCCAAUGUGGAAAGCAUGGACUACGACCCCCUGGUGGUCAAACUGAACAAGGACAUUUCUGCCAUAGAAGAAGCAAUGGGAGCCGCUUUGCAGCAGCACAAGUUCCAGUAUAUAUUUGAAGGUCUAGGCCAUCUCAUCUCCUGCAUUCUAAUCAAUGGGGCUCAAUACUUCAAGAGGAUCAGCGAGUCUGGCAUUAAAAAGAUGUGUAGAAACAUCUUUGUUCUCCAGCAGAACCUCACAAACAUCACCAUGUCCAGAGAGGCUGACCUCGAUUUUGCCAGGCAGUACUAUGAGAUGCUGUACAACACUCCAGAUGAGUUGCUGAACCUGGUGGUGGACCAGGGCGUUCGCUACACAGAGCUGGAGUACAUCAACGCCCUCUCUCUUCUCCAUCGCAGUCAGACGGGUGUAGGGGACAUGAGCACCCAAAACACCCGUCUCCAGAGGCUGAAGGAGAUCAUCUGCGAGCAGGCCGCCAUCAAACAGGCCACUAAGGACAAAAAGAUCACUACGGUGUAGCAAUAAAACAGAGGAUUACCCGGCCUGACAUUUUCUGUUCCAAUGUUUUGUUACUGAUGCAUUAAAUCUCUCAUAGAUUGUGUCAGACUUGAAAUUUUAAGAGUUUGUGUUAAAGUGCAUCCUUUGUCUUUUUUGCCUGAUGUGAUGAAAGGGGUUGUAGUUGAGAGCUGACACAGAUAUACAUCUUUCCUCCUGAAAUGGAGAUCAUAUUUAAGCUUAUGCCGCACUGACUCACUAUAAUUGGGAAGUUUGGUGACAGCCAACACAACUGCAAACUUUGCAAGUCUAGUCUCUCUAUCAAGUAUCAUCCAUUGUCAGUUUCCUCUUUUUUUAAAAGACAUAAUAAAUCCUUGCCGCAUUCCGAACCUCCUAACAACACUCAGCUCUCCACAACAACAGCUCCAGUUUAAACGACACCAUCUUGGACAUUCACCUGAACUCCGGCCCUAUCUCGUCUCAUUUUCCUAUUAGAGCCCAAACCGGUGCUCUCAAUUACACCUCCAUCUCUCCUCUCCCGCCAGCCCCUCUGGGCUCACUGAUGCUGUCUGCAAUAACAGAUGCCAGAUUAGACUGUCUGAAUGAGGCCACAUCCUCCGCCUGCUGCCAAUUUAGUUUGGUCCCGAAAGAGUUCCCCAGCCGAGAAUUGUAUCAUAUCUGCAGUUGUCAAAAAUCUGUGUACUGGUCUGCCUUUUUUUAAGUUUCAGAAGUUAACUUGUGCAGCUGGAGCAGAGUAGAUUGCAACUUUUUUUUAAUAAAUAAUAUUGUUUGGAUAUAGUAUACCAGAGAUAGAAUGUCUUGCAAAAUGAUAAGCGUCCUUUAAACUUUUCCACCUUUUGUCACGUUACAAUCUCAAUUUUAAUGCAUUUUGUCAGCGAUUCUAAAUAUUUGCACAUUGUUUCUUGCAAAAUAACUUCAAUAGAGCGAUUUCUGACCAAAUACAGCCCUGCUGCGUGAUUCUGCCACCUCUAUGCUUCAUGGUUGUCUUGGUGAUUUGCCAUGGAUUUGUUUUUCUUUCUUUUUAACCUUAGAUUAACUGUUGCAUGCAGCAAAGAAAGCUAUAUUUUGGUCUAUGGGCAGAACACCUCCUCUUUUAUAUAUAUUUUUUAUUAUCUUUUUUUUUCUUGGCACUUAUUUAGUAAAUAAUAUUAAGCAUGUCAACAGAUUCUACCUCCUGAUCUCAGGAUUGCUGCAUCUUCUCCAAAGUUACAUAAUAACCUGAUAAAAUAAAACAAAAUUUCCGGUUGUAACAUGAGAUUAUGGGUCAAAAAGUUUAAAGGGUAUAAUUAUUUUUCACUUUAUAUGCAGAUGUUUUUAAAUGCAUCCUCUGCAGUCCUAUUAUAAAGGGAUAUGGCUUUCUCUUUAAAUCACUAAAAAUAAACCAAACACUAUAGACAAGAGAGAAGAUCCCAAGUUGUUUCCCCACCCUGUUUUCUGUUCAUUAACUUGGCAAAGAAGUAUUUAACGAGUGUAGGAGAGAGAAAUGGGAGCCUUGUCAAUACGGCGGUCCCACCACAGGUCUACUUGAAGCCCACAGAGCAAUCCAUCAUAGUGACACACAGUCUGGAAUCGAUGGGGAAACAACGAUGGAGCUGCUGAGUGGUUCGCCUACUCCUCUGUAAUGCACACUUGGUGCAAAAUUCAAGAUGUGCUCAUUCAUUUGUUCACUCCAGAGCUGGUGCUGAAAGGUUAUACAAAAGGGAAUUUUAAUACAAUGUUCCCCAACUGUGUCAUGCUUCUUAUGUAGGCUAUUAGACCUCCAACACACUGGAUGGCUGAUCUUUUCGUCAUGCUUAUUCCUUUUUGGGUUUUUUUGUUUUUUUACACCAUGUUGUGCAUCGCAUAUUUUCCUUUCAAUGCACUCUAGUUUUGCACAUUUAUUGAAUCUUAUUAAAUGAUUUUUACACAUAUUCUGUUCUUUUUUCCUUAAAAAUAAUCUCAGAUUAGUCUGCUUGAAACAAGCCCUUUGUUAUUUUGUCAGUGCAUAUGGUAAUAAAUAUCUGAAUUCUCCAUA